UUUGUUCCUACUCCACAAGAUAAUAUAUCUUUGCGAUAAUAUUCUUAUUAAAUUAUCUAAGUGUAACAUUAAAAGGGGGGAAGGGUUAAGAACAAUAAAUAAAAAAAAAUUAUCCUACUGCGUAAAACCGAGUGAAAAGAAGAAAAAUGUUUCGCUAUUCGCGCAAUCUUGUUUGCGCUAUUUAGCUUGCACCUUUCCGUAGUAUCAUAAAGAAUCUUUGGAUGCAAGCCAAGAAUUAAAAUAUUCAUGGAAGAUUGCAUUUUAUGGUGAUAUUAGCUAUUUUCUCAAUAUACUUAGUGUAAUUUAUUACUAUUUAUAAAAUGGUGCCUAUUGUAAACCUCCAAUGUACGCAAGAUUUGUAUAAGCCGCACAGCCUGUUGGUUCAAAGAGACAAGAGAUUGAAUUUCUAGGAAUAUUUGCCACAAAGUGGAUACUUUAUAAAUGGGGGUCGAUGAGAUUGGCUGGGAUCAUUAGACAUAUGAUAAUGUAUUUAAAUUACAUUCAAUAUUAAGAUGACAUGCCCUUAGUGUGACAAAUGUUCUGGAUCAACAAAAUAACAUAAUCACAAUCGUGAUAUCAAUGUGUGAUUAACCCGAAUAGAACGAAACCCGUAAAAUCGUCUGGAAAUGUUUAUACAUCUAGCUGGACUGAUACAGCACAUUGUGUUAACUUAUAAUAAUAUUAUAAUUAAUACUGAUCAUUAGAGAAUAGAUUAUAAUACUGUGCAUUUCCAUUUUUUAAAUUUCAUUAAAACUAUUAACGACGAUGUCGGUAAGAAUGGAAAUAAAAGUAGUAAUAUAAAGACAGAAAAACUAUUAGAUGCUGGAAACAACGCCAUGAAAAUUUUUCACAGAAUGCCCAGUGAUAGCUCGGAUGUGGACGCUACACCUAAAAAAAGGACAGUGCUAAAGUAUACUGAAGGUGAUUUACCAACUUGUGAAGAAAUCAAACAAUUAGUAAAAUCGAAUCUUAAAAAUGACACUUAUGUUUUUUCAAGUGAUUCUGAAAAUGAAAACAAUUCACAAGAAGAUAACAAUUUAUUUUCAAAAAGGAGAAGAAGAAAAACUGAUGCAAAAUUGGAUCUUACCAAAAACUUCGAGGCUCUGCCUACGAGAGUUAUCUCAAGAGUACGAAAACCUGUUGAAAAGGGCUCCCGUACUAUUUUGACGCCAAAAUAUGUGAUAGAACAAGAGGAUGGUAUUGAUAAAGAAAUUGUUACCGAAAAUAUCUCACGGAUCAAAACGAUCUUGGAAAAAACCAAAGCGCAUAAGAAAGGAUUACCUAAUAAAUCGCAAAAAUCUAGGUUAAACAUAAAUAACAAAACGAUAAAACAGGAUAUACGACGAAAAACUUCGAAAUGGUCUAAAAGUAAAUUAAAUGAUAAAUCAUCACUAGAAAUAACUAAAAUAGUUACAAGAAAUGAAUUCAAAAACAAGGAUUUCAUUGUUAAAACUAAAUGUCCUAAUAAAAGAAUUACUGAUAAUAAAAAAUACCGCAAUGGCAAUAAAAACGAAAACGAACAAAGAUCGCCCAAAAAAGUUCAAAGUAAAACGAUGACAAAAACGUCAAAUACAAUGCAAAUAGAACCACAGACACAUAAUCCAACCAAGGCAAGUAUGGACUCAACAGUAGGAUUUAACCAGAAUAACAGAAAAACUCGAAAAAGUUAUAAGGUAGAUAACAGUAUUGCAUCACCAGAACCUAGACGAAGUAGACGAACGAAGGCUACCAAAGAUGUUAAAGAAAACGGCCCCACACCACCAAAACCUAAGUCAAUAUUGAAACGAUUGAAAAGAUCAGAAUUAAAUAUUCUAAGUCCUACGCGGUUUCGAUCAUUUAUUAUUCAAAAUAGUGGUUUGAGACCGCUAAAAUCCCAAACUUCUUGACGAUUGCAGUGAAGAGGCCUUGUCCAUCAACGCACAUUCGUCAGGUCUGGACGUAUCAUUAUAUUGUGAUUUAGCAAAAUGUUAAUAAUUUAUUUUAUAGUUUAAGAGACACAAACUUAAAGUAUUUUUAUAUGCGAGAGGCCUUGCAUACAUGGCGCGCAGGAUCCUUGUCUGAUCCUUUCAAUUUAUAUUUAUAAUUUACCUUUUUUGAAUGUGUAGUCUUGUUAUUGACCUUCGAUAUUGUAUUAAAACAGAACAACAUAUUGUCUAUGUACAAUCUGUUGGUACUAAAAAUUUUAGAAUUUAAAAUAAUCCGUCUUGUGUGGUAUUUUAAAUUAACAUAUUUUUGAAGUCUUGAGAACUGAUGCGAUGUAUGGCAAUGAAAGCUAUUUAUUAAUGACACAUACUUUUAUAAGAUGUAAUAAAUAGCUUUCAUGACAAAUCAUUACGGUGGAAAAAGAGAUCAAAAUAUCGACUAUUGAUAUGCAUAGCAUCAAUACACUGAAAAUUUAUAUAAAUUUUAAUUUUGUUACAAUCUAUGUACUUAUUAAAUCAGUUUAUCUUAAUUAACAUUAUUUUUAGCAAUAAAUUCAUAGGUCCUAAUAUUAUAUAAUAAUUAUUAUGGACCAUGAAUAUAUUGCGACACGCCAUCUGAGUAAUACAGACACAUACACCAGAUCCAGAAAUGGUCUCGCCUGAAAAAGCCAGGGGAACUUAACGGUGCUAUUUAUUACUGGCGUAUGCAGGGACUUAGUUAUGAGUAGAUCCAGUGAGUGAAACUCAGUGGAUUGGUCUUUGGCUCAGUAACCAGUUACUAAGAAAAUGGCCAUGUACUAAUGUGUAUUUACCAAAGAAUAGUUAUAUUAUUAUAUUAAUAAUUUUUUUUUACUCGAUUCAAUCGAUUUUAAAUUUAUAAAAUUUUACGCAUACAUUAUUUGUAAAAUUUUUAAGUUUUUUUUUUCAUUUUUUUUUACUUGUGUAUAACGCUUGGAUUUUACGGCUGUGUUUUUAUGUCUUGUAAAGUGUAUUUUCUAUAGCAUAUACAUACACACUCAGAUCUUUUUUAUCCCCGAAGGGGUAUUCAGAGUCACAAGUGGUGCAUCCACUUUCCUGACCUUGCAACUUAGUUGCUGUGUUGUGUAUAAUAUAUUAAAUAAUAAUAUGUAUUCCAUAAUUUUUGUACAAUCAAAUCAAUAGGUAUAAUAAUUGUUAUAAAUUUGAUGUCUAUUGACUUUAAAGUAAAUAUUGUGAUGCAAGUACUUUUCUAUGUUUUUAAAAUUUCAUAUUAGAAUUUUUGUGCAAUAAAACAGUUAGUGUAGAAUGAUCACUGUGAUUUUUUUAUAAUAAAUAUUGGAAGUGUAA